CAUUCGCGAUGCCGCGUUUCCCAACGCCUCUGUGCUCUGCUCAGUGCUCCCGUCACCUCUGCGCGCGGCUGCCCCGAGUGCCCUCCCUAUUUCGUCGGCUUCGCUUUACUCUCUCUUCCUCGAUUGGAUCUCGAGGAAGCGCCGGUCGUAGAGGGAGAAGGUCAUCCAUCAAUGAUUCUCUCUUGAAGUCGCUUUCGCCAUCGAUAACAUCCGUAAUGGGGAUUCCUCUUGUGUUGGUUUUAGUCAAGUACCGGAUCUGAAGCACAGCGAUCGUAAUCGGAGGGCUCGGUGAAGGAGAGAGCGGAAGUCCGCUUCUGGUUCUGCUGCUACCGCCCCUUUUGAGACCUCUGAUAUCGGAGUCAUUCUGAUUAGUGCUCUUAAAUCUCACUGUUGCUGCUGCUGCUGCUGCUCCUCUCUGUGAGAGUUGGUGUAGGAGAUGGAGCCUUCGAGAGCAGCGCCGCCGCCGCCAAAUUUCGGGUCAGUGGCUCGGACGAUCACCAAGAUCCUCCGCCUGCGAAGGUCAGCCGCCAGCUCUACCGGUGGCUCCGCCGACGCCGCUCCUGACGAUUACGAUGCGAUCCACAAGUUUAAGCUCGCUCGAGACGUCAGAGAUUAUUCUGGCAUCCUCACCGAACCCCCUGACAAAGGCUUCCACAAACCUGAAGAUGAGAAGCGGCAGCAGCAGCAGCAGAAGAGUGGUUCUUCCGGUGAUCUGGACGCCAUGGAGUCCCUCCUCGCGAACCUCUUCGCCAGCAUCUCCGCCGUCAAGGCCGCCUACGCCGAGCUUCAGGUGGCGCAGUCUUCAUAUGAUUCGGAGUUGAUACAGUCUGCGGAUGGUGCUGUCGUUGCCGGGCUGAAACACAUAUCGGUGCUGAAGCAGUCCUUCUUCAGGAACCAGUUCGACCCUCGCACCAGUCCGAUUUUGCAGCCGGCUCUCGCCGCGCAGCUCCAAGAGCUGCGCAACCUCACCAGGACCUACAGCAUCACCACCCACAAGCUGGAGGCCGAGCUCGACCUGAAGGGCUCCGAGAUCCUCGCCCACCAAGCAAGUCUCCUCGAAUCCGAGAGAAAGGCCCAAGCUUUGGAGGCCAAGCUCCAUCCCAACCGCUCUCUCGCCGCACUCGACGGUCUCCACCUUUCCGGCCUCAACCCCACACAUUUCCUCACUGCGCUGCGCUACGCCUUCAAAUCGAUCAGAUUCUUCGUCCAACUAAUGGUGAAGGAGAUGGAUUCUGCCGGUUGGGACCUAGACGCUGCCGCCGGCUCCAUCCAACCGGACGUGCUCCGCGAAAAAGAGCCCAGCCACCGGAUCUUUGCAUUCGAAUCUUACGUCUGCCUGAGGAUGUUCUCCGACUUACACCACCAAAACUUCGGUAUUGGCACGUUGGAGGAAUGCUUGGCGUGGGAUCGCCGACAAUUCUUCAACGAAUUCACCAGGCUCAAGUCAAUUGCGAUGAACCAGAGUCUAGGCCACCUGCCGUCGCCGGUGGCGCGGUUCUGCAGGGCCAAGUACUUGUCGCUGGUGCAUCCGAAGAUGGAAUCCUCCUUCUUCGGCGAACUUGAUCAGAGGGCGAUGGUGAGCUCGGGACGGGGCUUUCCGGGCUCCGAGUUCUUUGCCGCGUUUGCGGAGAUGUCUAGACGAAUGUGGCUCCUCCAUUGCCUCUUCUUCUCGUUCGAGCCGGAUACCGAGCGGUCCAUCUUCCAGGUAGGACGAGGGAGCCGGUUCUCCGAUGUGUACAUGGAAAGCGUGACGGCGGCUGAGAGCAAAGACAAUGGCGGUGUCGGCGGCGCCGAGGGGGCUGGGUCAGGUCGAGCCACCGCGGUGGGAUUCACCGUAGUCCCCGGGUUCAAAGUGGGCCGAACGCUGAUCCAGAGCAAGGUCUACCUCAUCACGGUUGACGCCAAGGUAAACGUACGGUUGUGAUCGUGUGUAACGCCCAUCCAACGGCUGCGGAAGCAUCAGGCUACUGUUUUUGGGUACGGUAAAGGUAGUUAGGAGACUUAAGUAGAAGCUUCUAUGUUAUCAACAGUGUACAAAGUGCCAUAAUGGUGUAAUACUAUAGCUUUUGUGGCGAGUAAUUGUUAAGUACAUGUUCGUGA